UUUGAGGUUUAAGGCGAAAAAAAUAUGAAGAAAUCAUUUUUCGUUAUACACAUUUGUUUUUAUUUUUAUGCGGUAAUAAUCGGAUUGAAUUGCUCACUCUUCUUCGAAUUGUUCUCUGAAGAUGAAAAAUUCGAAACUACCAUUGCGAGUUUUGAUACAACUUCGGCACAUACAUGCCUCAUCCUCUGUAACGCAACAACUGAGUGUUAUUCGGUAAAUUUCCAUAAAGAAAACGAAAAGUGUCAACUGACUGAUUAUUAUCCUCUGAGCGGGAGAAGAACCGGUGUACCCGAGGCCGGCUGGAAAGUGUACUUUCGACGCUUCCCAAAUGUCAACCUUCUGGACAGUGCAGUGGCGUGGCAAUCCUUGUCCGGUGGUACGAGUGCAGAAAAGGCAAUAGAUGGCGUGACGACAAGCUAUGCCACUAUCACCACUUCCUGUUUCUACCAGGAAGUGGGUAAUUCAUACUGGGCAGUGGAAUUUGGUACAGCAGGUCUCGUUAAAGAAGUAGACUUAUUUCUCUACAGUCUAAAUUCGUAUUACCGAAACACUGGUUUUACAGUCAGUGUGGCUACAACCCGUAAUGACGUCAUUAAUGACGUAGGAACAGUCUGCGGAACAUACUUUGGUCCUGAAGUCAGCAAAGCGCCAUUUAAGUUAACGAUGGUUUGUGAAAAUGCGAUUUACGGAAAGUUUCUAAAAGUCCAACACACAAACGAUAAUUUCAUGCAACUUUGCGAAGUUGUUGUUCGCACGCCGUUCAACUAAGAAGAAUAAAAAAACACAGUUCUGCUCGUAUUCAUGCACAAUAUCAUGUUUUUAGAUAUGGAGGGGAAUAUCCGCUAAAAGUAUAUUAUCUUGAUCACAUGUUUAUAUCUAAAUACUACUACUAAUCCCAUGUAUGGUGAUUGCAUACUGAUUUACCGAUUUGCAUACUGAAAUGUGAAUAUAAAUUAAGUAUAUUGUAAUUAACAAAGCAAAUGUGUAGAUCUAGUGUAGAUCUAGUAUAAAUACUAACUGCUUCUUUGCUCAAGACUUAAACACGUGCCUCUGACUGCACAUCAGUUGCUUAUUUUUUAAUUUAAUUUUUAUUAGAAAGUAUGUAUAAUAUACGCUAUUAUCAGAAUUCAUUACGCUCCUGUGCGUUCCAUAUAACAAAAGCUUUGAUCAUACUUAUCAUAUAGAGCAUGUAUACCCAUAAAGAGAAACCCGUAAAUUCCGAAUGGAAUGGAAAAGAUAUAGACUGGACAUUACUACCAUUGCUCUAUUAUAUUAUUCAUAUGCUGCACAAUUGGGUCUUGUUUACAAUAUGUCAUCUUAUUAUACAGCAAAUUCAUAAAUCCGCCUGUAUCCACAACACUUGACCAUCUAUUUUAAUAAUACUUAUAUAUAAGUAAAGACCAGGAAUGUUUGCUGUUUUAAAGCAUGCAAUACUGUACAGUAAAUGAUAUUAAAUGCAAUUUUAUUAUUAUUUUUAUUAUUAUUAUUAUAAUAAUAAUUAUUAUUAUUAUUGUUGCUGCUGUUUUCAUAUAGGACAAAAGUAUCAUUUCAUAAUCAGAAAACAAACAUUAUUUCAUAGUGAAUGCAUAUUUUAUUAUAAAGGGACAAUAUCAUUCGCAAUUUUUUGGCCAUUUCCCAAUUAAGGACAACGAAGAGUACAUUAUAAUUAUAUACAAUAUUAUAUUAUAAAUAUAUGGUAUAACGGUAAAAAAACACUUUAACAUAAGAAAAAGGAAAUAAUGAUUGAAAUAACUUAACUAUUUUAUUUUAUCAUUAACUAUUUGAUUUUAUCAUUUAGAACAAAUAAUUAUGUGAUAUAAGUCCACAGAUAUUAAUGUAAAAUGCAUUUCAUUUAUUUUUCGAUUUCCUUAAAUGCUUAACCUUUGCAAACCGAAAUAAUUAUUGAUAUUGUUUAAUAAAAUAGAUAUUUUAAUCUCAGACGCAUAUUUAAAGGAACGGUUAUGGAUAUAAAAAAAUCCAUUGUGCCGAGUUCAAAGAUCCUAAAUGUCACCAAUUGGCAAUGAGAAUAAAGUUCACGUCAUAUUUGACGUCAUAUAAUAACAUGGUUGCAUAACGAGAUUGAAAAGUUUGUUUUUAAAGUGCUGGAAAAGGAUGAUCCACCAAAAGCAGUGAAAACAAAGGCAAAUAGUUGAAAAUCGCACAUUUGGUUCUAUUGAGUCACUGAUAUAAAUUAUGAAGCAUUGGACAACUUUAACAGUUUCUUUACAAGACCUUAUAUUUGCUGAAUUCUUGAAAUGGAAGGUCCCUCGAGAGCAGCAAUGAAAUUAAGCACAAAUAGUUGAAGAUUACAGACUGGAACAACUUGUUAAUGGAGAUCAGGGAUCAUGCGAAUUGUACAGAAUAGUAAGUGUCUAUAGUUAAUACUCCAGAUUGUUUCACCAGAAGAAACGUAUUUGUAUGUUAUAUUAAAUAUUCUACACACCAUUUCACAAUCAAGUAGAUAGAGCAAUUACGAUAUAUGCACGACAUAAAAAGGGAGUACUUACAUGUCAUAUGAUGUCAGAUUUAAGGUCAAUAAACUGUCAAAUGAGGUCAGGAAAAUUACUUCUCAACAAAAUAUAAUUCAACAUAUGUUUUUUAAUUUCCCUUUUUAUUAGCAUGUUAGAAACAGAUAUUAAUGUUUCUUACAUUGUAGUAAAACUACAAUAAUGCACGGUCUGUCGUGCAAAUGCUUUGUAAUAAUAUUAAACGGCUUUCGUGAUUAUAUUCAUACUCAUUUGAAUUCGAACCAUAAAUUAUUCUACAAAAAAUGCCCUCAAAAAUGAUAUAUUUUUCCUAGCCAACCGCAGCAAAUUGUUUGGAAUGUUUUGAUGUAUAA